GCUUGGCUUUCAAAGCUAAUUUACUACACCCUUGGCGCGUGAUACCACGCAAGGAUUGGUGGUUGAAAAGCAGUCCCGCUGUCCUAUCAAGCUGUGCCAUUCAAAGCUCGGCGUGAUUUCGCGGCAGUGUGCCAAACACAGCAUUCAUAUCAUGGGCUGGAUUUUAAACCUGUGGUGCGCGCUCGCAUUCAUCAGCAGUGCCGCCGCCCUGUCAGUGACGCGCGACGCCGCCGUCGUCGUCCCAGGAUUUUUGGAGGGUGCAGCGGAAUUCGUCGGCGUCGCGGAGGCGCUGCGGCGGCGCGGCAUCGCGGCGACGGUGGCGCCGAUCCACCGCUGGCACUGGAUUCCGUGUUUGGGCGGCCGGUCCGUGCGACCGAUCCUCGCGCGUAUUGAUCACGCUUGUGCUUACGCGACGACGGCCGAGGAAUUGGACGUCGUCGCGCCAUUUCCCGAUUACUCGGCGGCAGAUCUCGUCAGCGACUUCGUGAACAAUCCCGGAGGCGUUUUGAAGGCCGGCGGCUCGGCAGAUCCGGACGAGUUCCCGUACGUCGAGCCGCGCGGGAGCUUCGGCGCCUUCAACGGCCGCGAGCGGCGGCGCGGCUGCAGCAUCGUCGGCCACAGCGCCGCGGGCUGGAUCUCGCGCAUCUACCUGAGCGAGGAGAAGUACGGCGGCCACUCGCACCGCGGGCUGGCCCGGGGCGUCCGACGGCUCGUGACGCUGGGCUCUCCGCACGCCGCUUCGGACGGCGUCGCGUUUGCCAACGUGGCGUGGGCGCGGCGGCAGCCAUCACCCGUCAAAGCUCUCGCGGUCGCGGGCGCCGGCUUUCGAGGCGACGACUCCGGAUCAUUCACGCGGGACUCGUACGAGUGAGUGACGCGGCGUCCAUGCGACAUGUCUUCUUGAGGCCAUCAACGCGGCGCCAUCGACGCGAGGCCAUCGACGCGGCGCUAUAGACGCGACGCCACCGCAGGUUCUGCGGCCUUUCCAAAGCAGAAGCGGCAACGGCCGACGGUGACGGCGUCACGCCGCUCAGCUCCGCCCUGGACUUCGAGGGCGCGGAACGGCUCACCCUCGCCGGAACGACGAUCCACGCUGCGAAGCUGCCGUCGUUCCUGUCGCCCGAGCUCGCCGAAUCCGACGCGCAGUGGUACGGCGACGAGGCGAGGAUAGACGAGUGGGCUAGGUUUCUUGUGGACUAAUCAUUUCACAAAUUC